GUGUCUCUGACUUGAAAGAGGUCUUUGUAACGGACAUGUCAAAAUCAAAUAAAAGUCCGCAUUUCAAGAGCAAUCCAGUCAGAACUCAGUUGGGAUCCAAAUCGAGCAGAAGCUUUAAUUCAACAUCUUUACUUCUUCAACUAUGACCACUUUUGCAUGCAUCAGGGUUCCUUUCAAGGAUGACAUUCGUGAGAAGAUGCUUAUGAGGCAGUUUGUGCUCAUGAAGAAGAAGAAUGAAGUUCCCAGGCAUAUCUCGGUGCAUCACAUGAAGCAAUGGCGCCUGGCUAAGACAAACUUCCACACAAAGUUCCAGAUGAUGGGGAUGAGGAACAUCCAUCAUGAAUUGGGCUGGAUCAGAGCAGCGUUCCUCUCUCUGACCCAACUGGAGAAAGAAGUGUGUGAGGAACUUGAUAAAGAGAUAAGGCUUUCACAGCUGCUCGGGAGGAGGGUCACACUGGACGGUCUCCAAAUGUUCCUGGCAGUAGUGUGUCCCAAAACGGAGCAAGAAGUGGAGAGCUUCCUCCGGUAUCUGCUUGACGAGCUGCAGAGGAUGUUGAGCAGCUCCAACAUCAGCUGGAUCCAGGAAGUGACGCUGCUCACAGAGCUCCGACGCCGAAGCUUCCACCUGGUGAGAGAGGUGGUGGAUCAUGCCGUCAGGGUUUUCCUGACACCCGCUGUUCGGGACUCCAGUGCGGAGUCUUUGAGGAGAAGGGCUGAGACGGCCAGCUUGGGCGUCGGCAGAAUGCUGGAAGACGCUCUGACUUCUUGCUCCUGCCUCAGCCAGCAUAUUGAUGAAGACCGUCUCCUCCACAUCUGCUCGUCGGUGGCCUGGCGAACAGUGGAAAGCCUUUUUAGAAGUUUUGUCCGGCACUCUGAAAGCUUUCCCCUGCUGGACUUUGACCGAAGCACUUUCUCUUCACGAGAGCGCAUCCUAAGGGCUGUGGAGGACAUGGACUACAUCGCAACCUUCAUGAACUUCUAGAUUAUGCAGUUUGUGCUCAUGAAGCAUCCCUCCAUCCAUCUCAUCCUUCCAUUCUUACAUCACAGGAUAUGACAUCAUCAAAAUAAUCUUAAUUCUAUUGACUGUUUUAGACAUUCCUUCCCAAAAAACUCUCUUUAUAUAAUGUAUAUAUUUUUGCAUUUGGUGGUGAAUAAAUUAUUUAA